UUUAAGUAUGACGCGAUAGGGAUCAGAAUUUACGACACUUCCCGACACUGGUGUCUACCUCUACGGCAGUCUUUGGUCACACGUGUUGUCAUUGCAUGGAAGUCCCUUGGAGUAAAUAGCUGCAGCUAGCCGUUUGAAUUUAGGAUUUGAAGAAAAAUGUCUUUCAGAGGAGGAGGUGGACGAGGUGGUGGAAGAGGUGGAGGAUUUAACCGAGGUGGAGGAGGAGGCAGAGGAGGAGGAGGAUAUGGAGGAGGCAGAGGUGGUGGAGGAUUUGGACGGGGUGGUGGCAGAGGUGGUUUUAAUAGACAAGACUACGGUCCUCCAGAAUAUGUUGUCGCACUGGGAGAGUUCAUGCAUCCAUGUGAAGAUGACAUUGUGUGUAAGUGUACAACAGAGGAAAACAAAGUUCCCUACUUCAACGCCCCAGUAUACUUGGAAAACAAGGAGCAGAUCGGGAAGGUGGAUGAGAUAUUCGGCCAGCUCCGGGACUUUUAUUUUUCAGUCAAACUUUCUGAAAAUAUGAAGGCAUCGUCAUUUAAGAAACUGCAGAAGUUUUAUAUAGAUCCAAUGAAGCUCCUCCCGCUGCAGAGAUUCCUCCCUAGGCCGCCAGGAGAGAAGGGUCCGCCAAGAGGAGGCCGAGGUGGAGGAAGAGGUGGUGGUCGUGGAGGUGGUUUUAGAGGUGGCAGGGGCGGAGGCGGACGGGGUGGAGGAUUUGGAGGCGGACGGGGUGGAGGAUUUGGAGGCGGACGCGGUGGAGGAUUUGGAGGCGGACGCGGUGGAGGAGGCUUCAGAGGAAGAGGCGGCGGUGGUGGACGUGGAUUCAGAGGUGGGAAAUGAUCUGACAGUGAUGGUCUGGUGUGACGGCUUCAUCCCAGUCUUCUGCUACACAAGCAAAAAGGCUGCGUCCUAUGCCAAUACCUGGUCUGUUGGACUCAGAAUAUGGACAUUACCUCUAUUUGUAGAACUUGGAGUGGAUUUUCUCUUCUUGUUUUAUUUUUCUACCAGUUUUGAAUGCGUGAUGGAUCUUCAUGAUUUUUAUUUAAAAGGUUCAUAUGUAUGCUUGUGUGUAACAUAGCAAGGACCUUUUCAGCCUUUUAGGUAGGAUAAUUUGGUCCUUUUGUGAACAGGCAUGUCAUUAUCCUGUACUGAUUGUGUUAAAAUGUUAGGCCACAACAAAUGUUUGUACUUUGAUUGAAGAUUUCAGGAGAUACAUUCACAAACCUCCAUGUAUUAAUUUCCUCAUAUGGGAAAAUAUGUGGGGAAAUCAGACUUUAUAUGCUGUGAGUUGAAAACAUUUUAAUACCCAUAAUUUGUAAAAUCUUGAGCAGAAUAUAGUCACACAUGUUAAAGGCCUUGAUUAAAAGGUGCUUUGUAA